AUGCCGGGCAAGAUCGACUGGUCGACCGCCGUCGUCGCAAGCAACUACCCGCUGUGGCCCGUCUUCAAGGCCCUGCACGCCGACAACCUGCUCACGGUCGCCGAACUUGCGCUCGCACCUCUCGGCCGGGUAGUCUUCCUCAGCCGCCACCAGAUCAUGCUCGUGCGUCCUACUCUCUCUCUCUCUACUCUCUCUCGCCCCAUCUCUGACUCCUCGAGCCGUGCAGAGCCUCGCGACGAUGACGUACCAGAAGAUCCUCGAGAUGCGCGGGUGGAAAGGGCUCGCGUUCCCGACGGUGCACUUUCGCGACCUCAAGCUCUUCCUCGAGGUGCGCCUCGGCCUUCUCCCUCUCUUCCUGUGCACGAGCCGCUCUGA